ACGCCUCCACAACUGUACAUGUCACGUGACUGGGGAAGAAACAAGACACUUCUCUCAGCAAGCACAAUAAGGUCAGGCCAGGACGCGUGUCAGAGUGUUGCGUGGACUGUGUGGAAGCGGUGUGACAUGUGGUGGUUCAUGCAAGGUCUAUGCUUCUUGCCCGUCUUCUUGGUGGUGUGGUCCUCCAGCACCUUCAUCGUGUCCUACAUUAUCGCGGUCUUCAGGCGCGACGUGGACGUGUUGUUCCCCUACAUCAGUGACACAGCUGCAAACCCCCCAGAGAGCUGCUUAUUCGGCUUGAUGACAUUUGUUUCAGCAUGUGCAGGCACGGCCACAAUCUACGCCAGGUUCAAGUAUGUGGAGAAGCUGAGUGAGGAAACCAGGGUGGUGAGUCCAUGUCUGAAUAGGACAACACAGGUGCUGGGAAUGCUCUCCUGCUUGGGAAUGUGUGUCGUGGCCACGUUCCAAGAGACGGCAGUGAUGGUGGUCCACGGCCUAGGAGCCUUGCUCUUCUUCGUUUCGGGCGUCCUCUACAUCAUCCUCCAGUGUGUCGUUUCUUAUAGCGCCUAUCCGUACGGCUCCUCCAUGAUUGUGUGUCGAGUACGGUUGGCUGUGGCCGUCAUCGCCUCUUUGGCCUUCUUCCCAACUGUCGUUUGUGCCUUUUUCGUGAAACAAACGGACCUGCACAGGGACACAGGAGGCAAGGAUUAUCCCUUCCAUGUGGCCAGCGCCGUCUGCGAGUGGAUUGUGGCCUUCAGCUUCGUCUGCUUCUUCCUCACCUACAUCGAUGACUUCAAACGGUUCAGGUUGAGUGUGAGGACCACGCUGGAAUCUUGAUGGCCUCUUUUCAAAGCGUUUGCACACAAGACCUCAUGAUCUUCACCAUUUUCUGUACGACAGCCACUUCCUGAAUCAUUUCCCACGCUGCUGCGCCGACGGCCACCCACACUCUAGUGACUCGUGUACUUUGCCUCACUCUUACGACAUCAGCAGCGUGACACUUCUCGUCAAACACGAGAAGUUCUCCGGUGGUCACAUGACAUGUGAGCGUGUGACACCUUUUUCACAUUUCACCGACUACUUUGUACGCACACUGUAGUUACUGUAGAUUUUAAUGACUGAAUUUGUUAAGUGAUCAGUGUUGGUGGCGUCACUAAAUAAAGGGACAACGUAAAAUAAAUAUUUUAAUUGUAACUGCACUGUUCUGUUUAUGGCAUAUUGGGCCCAUAGCCAAACCCUCACAAUAAAAACCCUUUUUACAUGUUUUAAAAAAAA